CGCCUUUCAAAUGUCAUGCACUGUGUGGCAAAAGUUGAAGAUGACAGUGAUGCAGAGACCUUUGGAGAAGAGAAUGAGGAACAGGGAAAUUAUUCUAAAAGAAAGAUAGUCUCUAACUGGGAUCGAUACCAAGAUAUUGAAAAAGAGGUCAAUAAUGAAAGUGGAGAAUCACAACGGGGGACGGACUUCAGUGUCCUCCUCAGCUCUGCAGGGGACUCAUUCUCUCAGUUCCGCUUUGUCGAGGAGAAGGAGUGGGAUGGUGAAGCGUCGUGUCCAAAACAGAAUUCGGCAUUUUAUGUGGACUGUGAGUCAUUGGUUCGCGCCCUUCAAGAACUGCCUCUCUCUCUCCGACUCAAUGUCGCUGCUGAAUUGGUCCAGACCACUCUUCCUUUAGAGCUUCCUCAGGUGAAACCAAAGAGAAAUGAUGAAGGCAAGGGACGAGGGAUGCAGUUAAAAGGGCCCUUGGGGCCUGGAGGAAGGGGGUCUGCUGAGCUGAAGUCUGUUGCUGCUGGCUGCCCCAUGUACCUGGGUAAAGAUAGCCCAGGUCCCACAAAGGGUUCCCGGGAACCCACUGGCCCACUGCAGUCAGCAGCAGGCCCCUUGGAGGAAGAGUUAGAUCUGCUGCUGAGUUUAGACGCACCUAUAAAAGAGGGAGAGAACAUCUUACCAGACCAGACAUCUCAGGACCGAGGAUCUGAGAAAGAUGGGGAGGUGGCCCCAGAAGAAAAAGCUCCUGCAGAGCCCUCUGUGGUGGAAGAAAAGAACGUGGAACCGGAGCAAGCAAGUACAUCAAAAACUGUUACCGAGGAAGAGCUCGAAGACUGGUUGGACAGCAUGAUUUCCUAACGUAUAGAAAGAAAAAUGAAAAAAAGUGCCUGAAGCAAAUUUCGGUGGCCUUGUCAGCAAGGGCGGGCCCAAGGCUGUCCUUCCAGAACAGCUGGUUUACAAGCAUGCCCCACGCCAGUGCGUCCUGUCAAUGCUUGCCGCGGUACAGCCUACCUCUGUGUUCCACAACAUGAGACUAUACCUUUAAGAGGCUCCUUGCAUUUGUUCUCUGGCUUAGUGAUCUAGUAGAUCCCUUAAGGGCAGGGGAUGUUAGGGCUCUUGUUUCCAGCCUCCUUCCUUUCAAUGUUUACGGCAGAGCAGGUGCUGCUGAUAGACACAAGCAACAAGGCAUGCAUCUGGCCCAAAUAAAUGAACGCUGGUGUGUGGA